CCAAAGCAGUCAGACAAAGUGUAUCUUUGAGCUGUCCCUAUAACAAAGACAGCACUGACAUUUCUCUUUUUUGGAUUCGACUUGCAUCUGGAACUUUUCCUGAAUUUUUAGCUCAAAGCGAAAUCAUUCAUCAAACCUACAAUUUGACAUCAAGCGUUGGACAUCAUAUUAUCGCUAAACUAGGAGCAGGAAUGUUUGUUCUGCAAAUUAGUCAAGUGCAAAAAAGUGACAUGGCGAUCUACUACUGUUUCAAAUGGACACCAUAUGUUAAGGGUUUGAUAUUUUUGAAGGGAGUAUUUCUGCAGGUCAAAGACUUCCCAGAAGCAGACACCUCUGACAUUACAGUCACUCAAGACGUAAGGACUGAUGGGAGCCGAUCAGGACCAUCCGUGACCUCACAGUGCUCGGUCCUCCCCCGUUCUGAGAAUCAAACUUGUUUUGAUGGGCAUAAAGUUUACUGGUUCCGAGCUAAAACAAAUGACACAAGUCCCAGCUUCAUUUACACUCGAGAAGAAUGUGAGAAGAUUACAGGUGGCUCCAUACGGAAAUGUGUUCAUGGUUUCUCAAAGAACAUCAGCUCCUCCAAUGCCGGAAAUUACUUGUGUGCAGUGGUCACAUGUGGGGUGAUUUUUAUGGAAAAUGCAAAGAAAAUCACCACUGAAGAUGCCUGCAGGUGCAAUUUUCAAAGCUCUAUUAACGUCGCUUUGGGUGUUGCUUUGGUCUUAAGCUUCAUUCUGUUAGUCUUUCUCGUAUACAACCUGAAGACAAAACAACGUUUUUGCUGCAAAGCUAGUCCACAAACACGGGGCAAAACAUCCUAUUGUGUUCAGGAGAGAGAGGGGGAUUCUUUGGUUUAUUCGGCGCCCACAAUCGUCGCCAGGAAAAGCGGUAAAUUGAAAAAGACAGAGGAGGAAUUCAGCACAUACACUGACGUCAGACUUCGGGAUUCCUAACAUGAUGAAAUUAUGAAUGCUUCUAAAGUACAAUAACCAUAUCUGGAAAAUGUUGAUUUAAAUCUAUAAAAUAUAUGUUUUUUUUGUUUUUGUUUUUUUUGUUUGUCAUGAGUUUAAGAAUGGUGGAUAUAUUUGUUUCGGUCAGUGCUGCUUCAAAUUAAAUAGUCACUUGUACUACUGAUGUCACACACUUUUUUUUUUUUCAAAUUGCAACCACAAAAAGGU